GUUUGCUGCUGUACGUGGCCACAGCUGUCGCUGCUGUCAAAAUAGUUGGACAAAGCAGAUUAAAAAAUACGAAACACGAAAAUUAAGGCAAAUUUGUUUGCAGAUAGAUAAAGCACAAUUAUUCUGAAUAUACAUAGGAUAUAUGUUGGUGAACCCGGUGCGAUUGCUUUUUGGCAUAUACAACAUUUUAUAUCAAGUAUAGUAGUUUCCCGUUCACCAGACGAAUUAAUAAAAUAGGAUUUGUUUCACGGAACGAUGGGUCUUUGCAAAUGCCCUAAACGGCAAGUGACGAAUCAGUUCUGUUUUGAACACCGUGUCAACGUAUGUGAAAAUUGUAUGGUUCAAAAUCACCCAAAGUGCAUCGUUCAAUCAUAUCUGCAAUGGCUACGUGACAGCGACUAUGUGUCCAAUUGCACACUAUGUUCUACAACACUGGAACAGGGUGAAUGUGUGCGCUUGGUUUGUUACCAUGUGUUUCAUUGGGACUGUUUGAAUGCACGCCAGUCGUCACUGCCGGCCAACACGACGCCACGUGGUCAUCAGUGUCCCAUUUGCGAGACAGAGAUAUUUCCAAAUUCCAAUUUGGUUUCGCCAGUAGCGGAUGCAUUGAAAACCUAUUUGUCACAAGCGAACUGGGGUCGUAAUGGUUUAGGACUUUCUCUGUUGCCUAAUGAUCAGUCAGUAACAAAUGCAAAGGUGAAAGCUGCAGCUGCGCAAACAGCUGCUGUAAGCAACAUGACAAAAGUGCAUCAUUCCAGCGGCGUAGAGCGCUCAAAGGCGAAUGGGGUGUUCUCGACUCAAACUAUGCGUCACGAUAGCCCACAUUCCGUACUGCUAAUGGACGCUUUCAGUCCACCGUCAGAAAGUGAUGUGCAUGCUAGCAGUAGACGACCUCUACUGCCACGCCAAUCGCCAAUUGGGGGCACUGAUCGCGAUGAAAAUAAAUACAAACGUCGUACACCUUCCGAAAUUUUUUCACGUUGGUCUCGCCGAUUCUAUGCGCCAUCUUCGCGCCCACCUUGGAGACGCACUUGGUUCCUAGUGUUAAGCGGCGUGCUCGUUUUUUUGGUACUCAUCUAUUUAAUGUCGAUCUUUGGACGUGGUGAUGGCAGCAACUCACUCGAAGACAGUUGGAAUGAUCCCAACCCUAACCCAAAUCAAAACAUGCACUACGAAUAAAUCGAAGUAGUGGAAAUUGCAAUGAGGGGCGAAUAUGAUUCGUUCAUGUAAUUUCUAAAAAUGUUGAGAUAUGGAAAACUGAUAAUUGCAUGGUAAAACAUUAUAAAUAUUUACGCGUUUACAAUUUUUAUUUUACAACAAUAUUAUAUUUAAUGUUUACUGUUAAAUUUGUGCAAUUGGUAUGACUAAAACUGUGCGUAUUUCAUUGGCAUUGGGCGCUGAUGCGUUAAAUGGCGUUAAGCAAAAACCAAGUAAAUUAAAAUGGAAAUAAUUCUAAAAUUUCUUAGAACCUAUAAAAUAUUAUUUAAAAUGUACUGUAACCGUGAAAAAGCAAAU